UAGGUUUCCGGCGGAACAAUAAUCGUGAACACACAUCUCAGCACAUUUUUCUCAAUGUAGAAUUAUAUAACGUUAUAUAUAAGAGUAAGAGAGCAUAAUUCUGAUAUUGUUUUACACGCAAUAUCAUCCUUUUCAAUGUGGGCAUAAACUACGAUUACAGUAGUUUGGCUAUCAAACUGUCACAACGACUGCACAUCACAAACAGUGACUUCAUGGCUUCAACGGUGGACUUCAGGACUCUGGUUGAUCAGUCAUGCAGAUACUCGGACGAAUUCGUCAAUAUCUAUUAUGACUGUAUGGACAAGAGAAGAAGGAAUUUGACGAGGCUGUAUCUGGACAAAGCUACUCUAGUGUGGAAUGGAAAUGCAGUCACAGGUCAUGAUGCUCUCGGCGAGUUCUUCGAGUCUCUUCCUUCCAGUGAAUUUCAAGUGCAAUCUCUUGACUGCCAGCCUGUGCACGAACAAGCAACUCAAGGCCAAAUGACUUUGGUGGUGGUUACAGCUGGCUCAGUGAAAUUUGAUGGAAACAAGCAGAGAUACUUCAACCAGAAUUUCUUAUUAACUGCUCAAGCCUCUCCUAACAGCGACCAGCCCGUAUGGAAGAUUGCAAGCGACUGCUUUCGCUUUCAAGACUGGGCAAACUGAAUUGCAGCUUCAGAUCUUUUGUAUAGCUUUUUUUCAUUUUUGUAAACUCGUUGCAAUUUAAUAUGAUCUGUAAAUAAAACCCAUUGACAAUUAAACUGUUUCUACUAUGGAGUACCACACAAUUGGAGUAGAAAACGAUUUUAAUUGUCCUCGGCGAAUAUAACAUGCAGUGAACCACAAUAAAUAAGCAUCAUAGAACAUUCUACAAGCGAAUUCACAAUUUAUCAAUGCAAACAUUUGACUGCUGUAUA